AUGGAUCCCGGGCAGCCUCAGCAGCAAGCGCAGCCCCCGGCGCAGCAACAGGCGCCGCCGCCGGGCGCCCCGUCCGGCGCGGGGCAGACCCCGGGCGCGGGGCCUCCUCCGGCCGGGCACCAGAUCGUGCAUGUGCGGGGCGACUCGGAGACCGACCUGGAGGCGCUUUUCAACGCGGUGAUGAACCCCAAGGGCGCCAAUGUGCCGCACACGCUGCCCAUGCGGCUCCGCAAGCUGCCCGACUCCUUCUUCAAGCCGCCCGAGCCCAAGGCCCACUCCCGCCAGGCCAGCACUGAUGCAGGGUCAGCAGGAGCCUUGACUCCUCAACAUGUCCGAGCUCAUUCCUCUCCAGCUUCGCUGCAGCUAGGAGCUGUCUCUCCAGGGACACUUACCCCCUCUGGAGUAGUGACUGGUCCUGGAGCUGCACCUUCUUCUCAACAUCUCCGCCAGUCUUCAUUUGAGAUUCCUGAUGAUGUACCUCUGCCACCAGGUUGGGAGAUGGCUAAGACGCCAUCUGGCCAGAGAUAUUUUCUGAAUCACAUUGAUCAAACAACAACAUGGCAGGACCCUAGGAAGGCGAUACUUUCACAGAUGAACAUUACAGCCCCCACCAGUCCUCCAGUGCAACAGAACAUAAUGAAUUCAGCAUCAGGCCCACUCCCUGAUGGAUGGGAACAAGCCAUGACCCAGGAUGGAGAAAUUUACUACAUAAACCAUAAGAACAAGACCACAUCUUGGCUAGACCCAAGGCUUGACCCACGCUUUGCUAUGAAUCAGCGAAUCAGCCAAAGUGCUCCAGUGAAACAGCCACCCCCACUGGCUCCUCAGAGUCCUCAAGGUGGAGUGAUGGGCGGGGGCAGCUCCAAUCAGCAGCAACAGAUGAGACUGCAACAGCUGCAGAUGGAGAAAGAGAGACUGCGACUGAAGCAUCAAGAACUGCUUCGGCAGGUGAGGCCACAGGCAUUGCGGAAUAUCAAUCCCAGCACAGCAAAUUCUCCAAAACGUCAGGAGUUAGCUCUCCGUAGCCAACUUCCCACUAUGGAACAAGAUGGUGGCUCUCAAAAUCCAGUAUCGUCUCCCGGAAUGGCUCAGGACCUGAGAACAAUGACUACAAAUAGUUCCGAUCCCUUUCUUAACAGUGGGACAUAUCACUCCAGAGAUGAGAGCACAGACAGUGGCCUCAGCAUGAGCAGUUAUAGUGUACCCAGAACCCCUGAUGACUUCCUGAACAGCGUUGAUGAAAUGGAUACAGGUGAUAUCAGCCAAAGUAACAUACCUUCCCAUCAGAACCGUUUCCCAGAUUACCUUGAAGCCAUUCCAGGGACAAACGUGGACCUUGGGACACUGGAAGGAGAUGGGAUGAAUAUAGAAGGAGAGGAACUGAUGCCAAGUCUGCAGGAGGCUUUGAGUUCUGACAUCCUUAAUGACAUGGAAUCUGUGUUGGCAGCCACCAAACUAGAUAAAGAGAGUUUUCUUACUUGGUUAUAG